AUGGCGAGCACGUUUGCCUCAGGUGACCUGGCGGACUAUAACUCACCAGGCGGCCUGGGAAGGUGGACUUUCGCAACGUCGAACAGCCACAUUCCAGGGACAGGGACAGAGACGAUGCUGCAGUAUACAACACAGGCAAACGGUGUGCGAGCACCGAAUUGUUUCAUCACCCCGAACGCUUUGAGCCCGUUAGACAUGCCAGGCAUUGGCACAAGCACCGGUGUGCUCAUUACUCCAGAGAGCACUGAAGGGAAAGCGGACGACAACUCUCUUGCUAUGCACCCUGGCUACCACCCUGACGAGCAAUACCUCAAGGUGAAGUUCACAGCAGCGCACGCAGUGAAUGUGGCCGGCUAUGUGAAGGAACUCGGUGCGCAUUGCGGAGGUAUCGACGUGUGGAUGUUCAGUGGCUCGACGCUAAUCACCGAUGCGAGCGCCCUCAACGAUGACACCCCCUUCACGUUUCCAGCCACCACCGUUGCAGCUGGCUCCACGCUCACAAUUUCCGUGGGGUCGAACGGAAUUUUCAAUUGCGAUCACUCCUCCCUCUCUCUCACCAUGACAUCAGGUUAA